AUGGGAUUUGGUUCAUGCUUUGCCCGACUCACGGAUUUCUGGGAGGCAGUGCAGGUGGAGCUUCAUGGCUUAUACUCCGUCAAGCGCGUCCGGGAGUACAUCGCCUACAACCAACAGACUGGUAUUGUCCGAGCGCUCUUCGUGGCGGCGAUCAUGCCCUGGCCGUGUGUUAUUAUCACCAUUCUUGUCGACUUGAUGCCGUUGCGGUCACCCAGCGACGGCCUCCACGCCAAUUAUCUGUUCGUCGUCCGGAUCUUCCUCUCCUUCUUGGUCGCCAGCGUCGUCGUGAAUCUCCAGUUCAGGCAUAGCGUGCCAAGCUCGCCGCUGUCGAACCGACGAAUUCUCUUGACAAGCAUUAUUAUCGCUGCCGAAACUACUGGUGUGCUGUAUGGACUGUCUCGAUGCAUUGGCUUCCCGUUACCCUUUGGAAUUAUCACGGUAUCGCCCGCGUGGGUCGCGUUCCUGCUAAUGCCUUUGGCUUCCUUCCUCAGAAGAGCUCGAACCGAUCCAGAAUUAUGGCCACACGUGAUUAAUUCACUCAAGGUUUGGGUGUGCCAAGAAACUCUCGUGGUCAUCUACCCCACGUACUUCUACAUCUUCACGAUACUGCCUUCAAACAUGAAAACCCCCUCCGCGAUGCUUCUUCCGAUAAUUAAGAUGCUGCUGCGCAACAUCAUGUCACGUACGGUGGUCCACUUGAACGACGAGAUCCCGGAGGUUGUCCUCAUGAACGUUGAGGUCUUCAACUCGCUCUUCAUGUCCUAUUGCAUGCAGAACACGCCGUCACUAUGGACAACCCUGGGCCUUAUCGCGGUUGAUGGCGCUCAAAUGGUGGCGUCG